AUGUGCAUAUUCUUGGGCCAGCACCAGGGCACGGGAAAGGAUGACUGCUCUCCCGGCGAGAAAAAGAAGGAGGACAACAACCAAAGCAGUAAAGAGACUAGCAAGGAGCCCCAAAAGGAACCUGACAAGGACAACCAAAAGGCUGACCCUAAAGAUUCUCAAAAGAAUAGCCCGAAGAAAGCUCCAAAGAAUUCCAAGAACGGCGCUUCAAAGAGUUCCCAUAAGGAUGCCCCGAAGGACGCUCCAAAGGAUUCCCCCAAGAAUUCCCCGAAGGAUGCUCCAAAGCAUUCCCAAAAGAAUGCCAAGAACGGCGCUACAAAGAGUUCCCAUAAGGAUGCCCCGAAAGACGCUCCAAAGGAUUCCCAGAAGGAUGUUCACAAGGAUGUCCUUAAAGGUCAAAAGAAUGUCCAGGUGGAUUCCCCCAAUCAUUCCAAUAAGGAUGGCGAGGUGGAUGUCCCCAAGGAUAUCAUCCACGAUGGUGAAAGGGUUGCCGACAAAGAUAACCACAAAGAUGACCCUCACGAUGACUACGAUCAUGUAGUUACUAUGGCGAAGGGCACGCAUCACGCUUCCAAAAACCGCUCAGCUAGUGCCGAUAUAUUGAGGGAGAUCCUACGUCGUCAGCUGGCAGACGAGGGACACGGACCGGCCGCAGCCCUUCCAGGGAAUCAGCCAAGACUCCCUGCACUGGCGCAAGCGCAGCAGUUGUACGCUCCACUGGGUUCAUCCGGUGUCGGUCCGGCUGGCCAGUCUCGCAUCCCGGAUUACUACGGCAUGAGCACGGCGCCUCAGUCCACGCGCAACCUGGGCUUCGGGUCCUGCAGCUGCCACCCUGCCUGUAACUGUCAAAAGCCGUGUUCGUGCGAGCCUUCGCCUUGCCCCUGCAAGGGACCGAGCGUGAGCAGCAUUCACAGCGCCGGUUCGGGGACCAUCAUUUCCUCGGUGGUGCCCAUCCCGGUUCCCUACCCCAUGCCAGGCUACGAUGGUGGUGCCGGUGGUUCCGGCAACAUCGCCAACGCAAGACCUAAUGAGCCGAUUAUCAUCAACCCGUAUCCGCCCUCCACGAGCUCGGCGCCGCCACAGCCACCUGCGCCAGCCAAUCCCGCCCCGAUCACCGUUCACGACAUCGUUUCCCUGAUGACGUCACUCAUGCUAAAGAACUUCCGUGAUGACCUUCUGAGACGAUGGGGUUUGCCGGUGCCCGAUGAUGCGACGACUGCUGCUGCCACGCCAGUACGAGCCACGGUGCCAGAAAGUGCAGCCGUAACUGCACCGCAGGUACCGUCGGAGCCUGUACAGUAA